GAGAGAGGGGGGGAAAGAGAGAGAGAAGGAGAGGGAAGAAGAAGGAGAAGAGGUAGGGAGAUUGAGCGGGAACGAGUGUUUGGUGUGCGGGGCUCUGUUCGCCUCCCAGGAGAAGCUGCGGGUCCACGCCUUGAGUCACACAGGAGAGAAACCCUUCCACUGCUCACAGCCACACUGUCCCAAGGCCUUCAGCUCCAAGUACAAACUCUUCAGGCAUAUGGCCACACACUCUCCACAGAAGACCCAUCAGUGCUCAUUCUGUGAGAAAAUGUUCCACCGCAAAGACCACCUCAAAAACCACCUGCAGACCCAUGACCCCAACAAGGAGGCCUUUAAAUGUGAGGAGUGUGGGAAGCACUACAACACCAAGCUGGGAUAUAAGCGCCAUGUGGCCAUGCACUCUGCCACAGCAGGGGAUCUCACCUGCAAAGUGUGCAUGCAGAGCUAUGAGAGUACACCUGUCCUCCUGGAGCACCUCAAGAGCCACUCUGGGAAGUCUUCGGGUGGUGCCAAGGAGAAAAAACACCCGUGCGACCACUGUGACCGUCGUUUCUACACACGGAAGGAUGUGAGACGGCACAUGGUGGUCCACACGGGCCGAAAGGACUUCCUGUGCCAGUACUGUGCCCAGCGCUUCGGCAGGAAGGACCACCUGACACGGCACGUGAAGAAGAGCCACUCACAGGAGCUGCUGAAGAUCAAGACGGAGCCUCCGGAUAUGUUAGGUCUUUUAGCUUCUGGAUCCCCACCUUGCUCUGUGAAAGAGGAGCUCAGCCCCAUGAUGUGCGGCAUGGGUCCCAACAAAGACCCCAUGAUGGGCAAACCUUUCCCUAGUGGGGCCCCCUUUCCAAUGGGCAUGUACAACCCCCACCAUCUCCAGGCGAUGUCCAAUACUGGGGUGGGUCACCCACACCCGUCCCUAAUGCCCAGUUCCUUGUCUGCAGCUAUGGGCAUGGGCUGUCACAUGGAAUCCCCUGGAUCUCUUCACCCACACUCCCAUCACCACCACCAUCAUCACCACCAUCACCACCAUCACCAUUCCCCUCCACUGCCCCCCCACCACCAGCCUCCGGCUCCCCAGCAGCAGCACCAGCCCCAGCCAGCCCCCAAAUACCAGCUGGGAUCUACCUCAUACCUGCUGGACAAGCCCUUGAAAGUGGAGAUGGAGAGCUUCCUCAUGGAUCUGCAGAGUGGCUUGCCAGGCCCGGUUCCCUCUGCAGAACCCCACGCUGCUGCCUCACCCCCCAAGGACGGACUGGAGCCCACCUCGGGCCUGACGGAUGAGCUUUGCGGGGAUCCCCUCCUGUCCAAGAGCCCUGCGGUGAUCGCUGAGUCUCUGUGUGCUGCUAACAUGGACUUCUCCCACCUGCUGGGGUUCCUGCCCCUCAACCUGCCUCCCUACAGUGCCCCCAUGAGCACAGGAGGGCUGGUGAUGGGCUACACCUCAUCUGCGACCUCCUCUUCUUCUUCCUCUUCCUCUUCCUCAUCUCUGCACGCUGCCGAGCCCCAUGCCGCAGCAGUUGCCGCGGCAGCAGCUGCCGUUGCCACAGCACCUCUUACCUCUUUGCAACCGCAACCUCAGGAGCAGCAGAGCUCCAGUGGGGGUCUGGGCCUUGGACCCCUGCACCCCCUCCCCCCAGUGUUCAGCUCCAGCCUUAGUACCACCACACUGCCUCGCUUCCACCAGGCCUUCCAGUGAGAGAGCCGGCCCUUGGACCAGCCCUGCCCAGCCAAGAUGGCCUCCACGCCCGCCUCAGCUCAGCUCAGCUCAGCAUGGAUAUUUCGGGCUGUGGUUCUUUACAGAGCCUGAUCAAAAAGUUGGAGAAUUAGAAUAAAUAAACACACAAAUGAACACUUAGAAGCCUUAAAUGAAAGCGCACAAAAGCUUUUGAUUGAGCCUUAAAAGGAAGUUAAACCCCUUUGAGCAAAAAGGAAAAGGUGAGAAAAGAAGUUGAAGCAGCUUUUAUUUGGGCUUUUUUUUCCUAUCCUAUAGUUAUAACAAUGUAUUAACCCUUCUUUUUUAAUUUACAUAUACUUCCCCUUUUAUCCCCCUUCCAUCCCAUAUUUAGUAGUAUAGAGGGCAGGAUCAGUAGGCCAAAAGGCGUGGUACUGCAUUGUUUCUAAUGUUAUAAUUUAAAAAAAAAAAACCAAGAUAAUUUUUAGUGAAGAUUGUCUGUCUUGUUGUGACCCAGAAAAAAUAUAGUUUGAAGUGGAUAUUUUGUUUUACUUUAUUUUUCUUUUCCAAAUGUAAGAACAUGGUAGAAUGUGUCUCAUCUUGAGUUUUGAACCACCCACUCUAAUAACCUAAACUGUCAUGAUAAGUAUAGAGAGGAGAGAGAUCAGUGAAGGAAUGAAGAGAGGUAGACAUUGAGUCAACAAUUGAACCUUAACGUCAAAAUCCUCCUAUAAACAGCUAGGCUAGAGCCACAAAAGCGACCCCUGCCUCUAAAAAAAGUGCUCUUCAAACAAGAAAAAAAUU